AUGGCCAAGUUUACAUCCAGAUACAGCAACGAGAUUCAACAUCUUUCUUCUGCUAGCAAACUCGCUGCACGUCGCCGCAAACGAGUUAUUUCUAUCUACGACAUAAUAUUCCAAGUUCGACACGAUACCACACGCGUCGCACGAAUCCAAAAACUUCUAAGAUGGCGGGCUAUUCGUCGAGAAGCCAAGAAGUCGAACAAAGAAGCCAAUGGCGACGUCGACAUAGACGAAGAUGAUCUAUCGGACGACCCCCUUGAAAGCCCUCCGAACGAAGAGGCCGCUGCCAAAAAGACAGAAACUCCCGCGGCCAUCCUACCUUGGGACAUCGAGUCUUUCUUCUCCGUUAUCCCCCCUGGCGGUGACACCAACGAAUCGCUCCUAGACGACCCAAGUGACGUUUCCCUGAAAACUCUCCGCUGGGCAGACGAAAUUACAAAGAACAUGUCGAAAAAGGAGUACGACAGGUGGUUUACCCACCGCAAAGCGUCGUUCACCACCCGCAAACCGAAGCGUUUUCGCGAAUGGGCAGGGAUCGGUGUCGUAUUCCAAGUCUUGAAGAAAGAUGAUACCCUCGAAAUAAUUGGAUUUUUAGCAGUGGAGAUGGUCAAACGUCUGACAGAUAUAGCACUGACCAUCCAGGCACAAGAUUUGACAGCGCAUAGAAAACGACAAGGUCAAUCGGUGGCAGCUCUCGGGACGAGACGAUACGGGAUGUUUGUGCCAAUCGAUACUGGGAGGCCACCAAUCGAUGUUGUGCAUAUUCGGAGGGCUUUUGACGAGACACAAAUGAAACCCAAGCGCAAGCGGGUGAGGCUUAGUAGGAUUCCGGGAGAGAGGACGUUGGAAUUGAUCUAG